GCGCCCCCGGCCCCCCGGCCUGCGUCACUGCCCGGUGCGGGGGCUGCGGAGGCGAUAUAAGGGGGCUGCCAGCAUCGCUGCCCGAGCCCACUGCGCGGUGAUGGAGACCCGCCAGGUGUCCAGGAGCCCUCGGGUUCGGCUGCUGCUGCUGCUGCUGUUGCUGGUGGUGCCCUGGGGCGUCCGCACUGCCUCGGGAGUCGCCCUGCCCCCGGUCGGGGUCCUCAGCCUCCGCCCCCCAGGACCGGCCUGGGCGGAUCCCGCCACCCCCCGGCCGCGGAGGAGCCUGGCGCUGGCGGACGACGCGGCCUUCCGGGAGCGCGCGCGGUUGCUGGCCGCCCUCGAGCGCCGCCACUGGCUGAACUCGUACAUGCACAAGCUGUUGGUGUUGGACGCGCGCUGAGCGCGCCGCCAGUCCCCAUCUCAAUAAAGACCCUGCCGUGAGCUCCGGACUGCG